CAGUCAGAAUCAUCAUCCAUCAGCACUCAACUCAAACCAGAAACCGGCCGAACAUCGAAAAGCCAACGCGUCUUCGGUUUUCUCUCUGCGAUAAUUUUCCUCGCGCGCUGCUUCCAAAUUGGUCCUUUCUUAUCAAAAUUCCCUAACGCUUAUCACCUGCUGUCGCAACCAAUCGCAGUUUCAUUCGUUUCGUGCGCUUAGAUUUUCCCAGUGCGAUUAUAGAAGUUCUCUCGAUUCGUUUCGAUUUUUUGUAUGCGUGGCUAAUUGGAUUUGCUCCUCGUCAUCAUCGUCGUUCGGAACGGUUUUAUAGGGCGGAAGAAAACAACAUGCGGCCAAUCGCGUCCCACCGGGUGCUGUUUCUGAUUAUUGGUACUACGUUAUGUGCUUUGUUCACCUCAUCCCAACAGACGGCAUCAUCCAACGAUGAGGGUUCCUGCCAUUCAUUUGCCGGAGGCCAUGUCUACCCCCAGGAAGACGUCCGAUCGGCGGACCAUAAGCUCCAGUGGACCAAGGCCGUGAUAUCCCGUCCGGCCCCGAAUUUCGAAGCGACCGCCGUGGUGGAGGGAGCAUUCAAGAAGAUCAAGCUGUCCGACUACCGGGGCAAGUAUCUGGUGUUCUUCUUCUACCCGCUGGACUUUACCUUCGUGUGCCCGACGGAAAUCCUUGCCUUCUCGGACCGGGUCAAGGAGUUCAAGAAGCUGAACGCCGAAGUCAUUGCCGCCAGCAUCGAUUCGCACUUUACCCAUCUGGCGUGGAUCAAUACACCGCGGAAGGAGGGCGGUCUGGGCAAGAUCAACAUUCCACUGGUGAGCGACAUUACGCACAGCAUCGCCAAGGACUACGGAGUGUACCUGGAUGACCUGGGUCAUACGCUGAGAGGACUCUUCAUCAUCGAUGACCGCGGCAUUUUGCGACAGAUUACCAUGAAUGACCUGCCCGUUGGACGUUCGGUUGACGAAACCCUUCGAUUGGUGCAAGCCUUCCAGUAUACGGACAAGCACGGAGAGGUGUGCCCUGCCGGAUGGAAACCUGGCCAGGAUACGAUUGUGCCAAACCCGGAGGAAAAGAUGAAGUACUUCGAGAAGAACCAUAAAUACUAGAAUAGGCUAUUGUUUUAAUUUUAAUCGAUUCCACAAUUUUCGUAUUUCGAUUCCGCGUGUACUGACUAGUUUCAAUGAAAUUUGCGCGGCGAACAUUAUGAGUUCUAAUUUGGCAAAAUACAAUUUACCUACAACUAAA